CUCAAAAGAAAAAACAAAAGGUAAUAAAACCGACAAUUAUGUCAAUAAGACCACUAUUUAUGUAGUAAUUAAUUAAACUUAUCCGUUAAUUAAGAGCCCGAUUUCUUUACAAAUUUUCUCCAUUUCUCAUCUUCUAUAUCACACGCAACACAAAUAGCCCCAAUCCAAAAAGCAAGAAAAGAAUAAGAACAAACUGUUAAUUAUAUGAUAUAAUUAGGGUUUAGUUCGUUCUUGAUGCUGUGAAAUCGAUUCAAAUCAACUCGAUUCAAUUCGAAAACGAUGAUGGAUGGAAUAAGCAAUGGAGGCAUGUUGUAUCACGAGGUACAGGAAUCGAAGCUUUGUGCUGUUCAUUGCGUCAACACUGUUCUUCAAGGUCCGUUUUUCUCUGAAUUCGACUUGGCUGCACUCGCUUCCGAUCUCGAUUGCAGAGAGAGGCAGAUGAUGAUGCUUCCUGCUCACUCCCCCGCCGGUGAUUUGUUCUCACACAAUGUUUCUCUUGACGGUGAUUUCAGCAUCCAGGUUUUACAAAAGGCUUUGGAGGUCUGGGACCUACAAGUCAUUCCUCUUGAUUCUCCAGUUGCCGAGCCGGCCCAGGUUGAUCCCGAGCUGGAAAAUGCUUUCAUUUGUCAUUUGCAAGAUCAUUGGUUUUGCAUCCGCAAAGUGAAUGGAGAGUGGUAUAACUUUGACAGUCUUUAUGCAGCUCCACAGCACCUUUCCAAGUUUUACCUUGCAGCCUAUCUCGACUCUUUGAAAGGCUCUGGGUGGAGCAUAUUCCUGGUGAGAGGAAAUUUUCCAAAAGAGUUUCCCAUCUCUUCGUCUGAAGCUUCCAACGGUUUCGGCCAGUGGCUUUUACCCGAAGAUGCUGAGAGAAUAACUAAAUCUUGUAACUCAGUACAGCAGGCGCCACAACAAGAAAGAGCUGUGGAAAGGCAACAAUAUUCGAAUCAGUUUCUUUCACCCGAGGAAGCUGAACUGUUUUCGGACAUGGAAGAUGAGGAUCUAAAAGCGGCUAUAGCAGCUAGUCUGAUGGAUUCAACCCCAAUUGCGACCAAUAUUGCUGAAGCCAGUAAUCCUCAAAAUAAUGACAAGCAAAAGAGUAUACAAGUGGAAACCAUUGAAGCUAGUGUACCUCCCACCAUUGAUGAAAGCAACAAACAUGUGGAAGCUAAUGAAGCCGGUACUCUUCUGAAUGAUAAAAACAAUCAACAAGUCGCAUCUUCUUUAGGCGGUGAUGACUCUGAAAGGGAAAACCAGAAUAAAGAGAAGGCUCUCUGAGUUGAGAGUAGUGUGGUUUUAUUUGCACCUGAUUUGUUUUUGCAAUUGAGGAGAAUAAUUUAUAUCGGUUUAGUUGGUCAAAACAUAUAUCAGUGGCUUGAAGUCAUGGUGCUGUGCAGUAUACACAUUCUCACAUGGAUUGCAUGAUUUAUUUUAUAUUGUAAGGAAAACCCUUCAACAUGUUAAUCUGAUUAUGAUAUUAUCCACUUUUGAUACUAUUUUUAAAAACCCUUAAUCAUUUCCA